GAACUGGCUCAGACAGGGAAUGUCCAUCUCUAGUUCGCACGGAACACCGACCAAAACCAAUACGUAUUAAUUUACAUGAAAAACUGGGCUUAAUUUGGAGACGUAUCACACUGGAUGAUUGGACAAAUAUUCUGCUAAGUGACUGAAAUUUGAACGAUAAACGAGCACAAAAGAAGACACUUCAUCAUGAGCACACCCACCGAGCAGCCACCGCACUUUGACGGCGCCGAGGCUAACAACUCAGAAGGAUCCGCACAACAGCAGGAGCAGGAGCAACCGCAGCAGUUUCAAUCACAGAACGUACCGGCGAAGCUCUUACAGCAUUUCCAAACGAACCGCAUCGAUUCUGCGCUUUGGGCUUUGCGCCUGGUGGUCAUCUUCUUCACUGUCAGCUACAUUCUGCCCAUCUUCACUUCACAGCAGAGCUCAUUCAGCAAGGUUCUGCUGGCCAAUGCGGCCAUCUCUGCCCUACGUUUGCAUCAAAGGGUGCCUGCGUUCUCCUUCAGCAGGGAAUUCCUGGCCCGCCUGUUCGGCGAGGACUCGUGUCACUAUUUGAUGUACUCCCUGAUAUUCUUCAAUAUCCGCCCUUCGCUGCUGGUUCUGAUACCUGUGCUUCUCUACUCAGUUCUGCACGCCUCCAGCUACUCGCUCAAGCUUUUGGAUCUAAUUGGCCAGAACUCGUGGUGGGGUGCCCGUUUUGCUAUCUCGAUUGUGGAGUUCCAGGCGGCCAAUAUCCUGAAGGCCACCGCUUUCUGCGAGAUCUUCAUCAUGCCCUAUGCCAUUGUGCUGAUCUUCAUGAGCCACGCUGGACUGAUGACCCCCAUAAUUUACUAUCACUAUCUGGUGAUGCGCUACAGCUCGCGCCGUAAUCCCUAUCCGCGCACUGCUUUCGCCGAGCUUCGCAUAACGUUCGAGGCUCUGGCUGCCCGCUCACCGCCUGCUGUAGGCAAGAUCAUUCGCGGAGGCAUAGGGUUUGUCAACCGCCUAGCGCCGCAGCCGCAACCGGCCCCAGCGCAACAGUAAGGGCCACGGUGUUCAUGAAAAUCAACAAUCAAAUGACAUCUGAAUAAGCUUAUUUAAAUACCAAUUCACAAACAUUGAAGUUGACACAGGAGAUUGGGAAUCAUCCGUUUUUUAGUCCAAAUUUGUUGCAUCUUUUCUAAACGAGACAGUUUGCAAGCUCGUUACACCACACCGGAUUGUUUCGGUAUUUAAGUUUAAAUUUAUCUACAUAUGUAUUAUUCUAGUAUCAAAAUACGUUAUGCUUUAUUCACAUAUUGUGUUGCCGCGCACGAAGUGCGCCUUUGAAGAUCAACAUUCAAGGCGCGUAUUAUAACCGUUUAAUCCCAAACAAAUAAUUUACAUUUUCUUAUAAAAAUUUUAAUUUAUGUUAUAAAAACUGAUCAAACUCAAAACAUGGACAGAUAUUGCUGUUAUUUAUUCACAUAUAUUUUGUAUGAGUGUGUAAAGCUACUAAGAACAAAACAGAGUAAAGUAGAAUUUAAUAAAUAAAAUGGUAUAUGAAGGUA